GGACGUACAUGAUCAAAAGUCAGCUACACUUGGUCUGGCCUCCAACACUGAAUGAUGGGUAGCGUUGAGAUACCGGUGGGUUUGAAAGAGCUGUUGCAAGGUUACACUGUGGAGGUGCUUCGCCGCAGGCCACCAAACUUGGUUGAAUUUGCCGUGCAACAUUUUGCACAUCUUCAAGAGAACCAAAGAAAGCAACAUGUGAAAAAACACACCAUUAAAUCUGCAAGGAAAGGGGUUUCAUUUGAUACGCCUUCAAGUAAGACCGCGAAAGAUAAUGAUGAGGAGGAAGAGGAGGAGAUUUUCAAAUCCACUGCCUGUAAAUACAGCCGCAGAGUGUCAGUUUGUGCAGAGGCUUAUAACCCAGAUGAUGAUGAGGACGAUGACUCGGAGCCUCGUGUUGUGCACCCCAAGACAGAUGAACAACGGAGGAGACUUCAAGACGCCUGCAGAGACAUCUUGCUGUUUAAAACCUUGGACCAGGAGCAGUUCUCCGAGGUUUUGGAUGGCAUGUUUGAGGUGCUGGUCAAACCUGAGGAGCACAUCAUAGACCAAGGGGACGACGGAGACAAUUUCUAUGUCAUAGAGAAGGGUGUGUAUGAUAUUUUUGUGCAGAAGGAUGGAGUGAGUGUGUGUGUUGGAAAGUAUGAUAAUAAGGGUAGUUUUGGUGAGCUGGCGCUCAUGUACAACACCCCACGAGCUGCAACAAUCAUUGCAACGGAGGAAGGUGCCCUGUGGGGCUUGGAUCGAGCCACUUUCCACAGACUUAUUGUGAGGAAUAACGCAAAGAAGAGGCGGAUGUAUGAGGCUUUCAUUGAGUGUGUUCCUCUUCUUAAGUGUCUGGAGCUUUCUGAGAGGAUGAAGAUUGUCGAUGUAUUAGGAGCAAAAGCGUUUGAAGAUGGGGAGCGCAUAAUCAUGCAGGGCGAGAUGGCUGAUUGUUUCUACAUUGUGGAGUCAGGAGAGGUCAAGAUUAUGAUAAAAAGCAAAACAAAGGCCGGGCAGGAGGGUAACACAGAGGUUGAGGUUGCUCGCUGCACCAGAGGACAGUACUUUGGGGAGCUGGCGCUGGUAACCAACAAACCACGUGCAGCAUCAGUUUAUGCUGUCGGAGAAACUAAAUGCCUGGUAAUAGACAUCCAGGCCUUUGAACGUUUGCUAGGCCCCUGCAAGGAGCUCAUGAAGAGGAACAUCUCUCAAUAUGAAGACCAGCUGGUGGCGCUGUUUGGCUCCAGUGUAGAUUUAAAACACUAGCAGGUGGAACUGCAGCAUAAAUAGUUUGAUGUUUAAGCCACAGACAGUGCAUGGAACACAUGAAUGAUGCCUUUUCCUUUGAGGUAUAACCUGAGUGAGAUAAACUUUUUUUUUUUUUUUUGUAUGGCAGGAGAUAAAAUUUAUAAGGAUAUAAAAUACUGUUGCUUGUAAGAUCCAGUCCAGUGGAACAUUCAUGUGGAAACACCACCAUUAUCUAUGAAUGCACUACCAUGUAAAACAACUGACCACCAGAGAUCCACUUCUGUCAGAAAAAAAAACAUACUGGUAGGAUUACUUACUGGGAUAAUAUCCCUAACAGUUGUUUUGUUAUUGGUGAUUUUAUCAUUUGGUAUGUUACAUUACAGGCGUUUCACCUUUUUCUGUAGGUGUGAUUGGUCAGUAAUUUCUUACUUUUAUAUUGGACUGACUUUUUAA